AUGGUGGUUUCUUGGUUGUUGAAUGCUGUCACCAAGGAGAUAGCUGACAGUUUGUUAUAUCAUGAAAGUGCACAAUCCAUCUGGACCGAUUUACAACUCCGUUAUCAGCAAAGUAAUGCACCCCGUAUUUAUCAACUGAAGCAGAGCAUGAACAAGCUUACUCAAGGAUCACUCAGCAUCAACACAUACUACACACGAAUGAAAACAAUCUGGGAUGAACUCAAAACCUUCCAACCAGCUCCAAGCUGUCACUGCGGAAACAUGAAGGCGUGGAACGAUUAUCAGGAACAAGAGUUUAUAAUGACUUUCUUAAUGGGAUUAAAUCCUUCCUAUGCUGCUGUUAGAGCCCAAAUUUUGAUGAUGGAAUGCUCUCCAUCCAUUUUGAAAGUCUUCUCGCUGGUGGUGCAGGAGGAACGACACCGUGCAAUCGGGCUCGACUCACAUGCAGAAACAGGUCACGGUUCCGCACCCUCUGUUGCCCUAACUCAAGGAAGAAGGAGACCCAUCUGUUCACACUGUGGGCUUGUGGGCCACACUGUGGACAGAUGUUAUCGCCUACAUGGAUACCCACCGGGCCUCAAGCCCAAGCCCAAAACAUGUUUUAAUGAUGAAACUGUUCAGGCCCAAAAACAGACCCACAAUGCUCCAGCUGUCUUUGAUGAGGGGUCUGCCCAAACACGGGCCCAAGCCCGUAACCCACCAGCUAUCUCUCGGGCCACUCAUGGAACCAAUUUUUUCAACCCGCCUGGCCCUUAA